AAUCUACUCUAUUGUUUUGCCAAAGAUUAUUUUUUCUUCUUUUUCAACAACCCCAUAUCUAUCACAAUUUUCAAACAAAUAAGAAGUAAGACAAUCAAGUAAACUAUGGCAAGUUGCAACAUGGCUUCUGCUGCAUCAAACUUUUUGGUAGCAACUCCUAAUGUUGCCUCUAACACAAGUACUCCUCGUAGUACUAUGUUGUUCUUCUCGUCUAAGAACUAUGGCACCACCACCACCCCGAGACUCGUCGUAAGGGCGGCAGAAGAGGCUGCGCCGCCAGCUGCCGCUGAAACACCUGUUGAAACCAAAGCUGCCAAGCCUAAGCCACCUCCAAUUGGACCCAAGAGAGGAACCAAAGUGAGAAUUCUUAGGAAGGAAUCUUACUGGUACAAGGGCACAGGUUCAGUUGUAGCUUGUGAUCAGGACCCAAAUACUCGUUACCCAGUUGUGGUACGAUUUAACAAAGUGAAUUAUGCUAAUGUUUCAACCAACAACUAUGCAUUGGAUGAAAUCGAAGAAGUGAAAUGAGUGUGUGCAGUUCAUCAUUAGCAGUAUAUUUUUAGAACGCAAGGCCCUUUGGUUUUCCAUGUUUAUUCUCUAGUUAUAUACUGGCUUUGAUUGUGAAUGAAUAUCUAUUAUAGUUUGUGGCAAUUCACAGUCCCAUCCCUUUUCUAA